AUGCCAAAAAAGACUCUUUUUCGCGUCGUUUAUUCGUCAAGUUCGGAUGAACAGCAUCCUGCGAGUGAACUGAAUCAUCAUGGGCCGUUAGUAAAUGGCUGGCAAAGUGCACGUUUUUGUCAAUAUCCUCAAGAAUUAGUUCUACAGUUUGACAAUUAUGUUCGUCUUCGACGUGUUCAAUUACUCGCUCAUCAGUAUUUAAUUGCGUCAAAGAUCGAAUUUUUUCUUGGAGAUUGCACUUCAGAUGAUAGUAUAACACUUGAAAAUGCGCGUUAUACUCGUCUCGGAUAUAUAGAAUUGUCUGGUAAUGAACGAACAGAUUUCAAAGCACGAGAACUCAAGUCAAUACACGUCGAUGCAGAAGGAUUGUUCUUAAAACUGAUCAUACAUAGAAAUUAUACCAAUCGAUUCAAUUUAUAUAAUCAAGUAAGCAUUGUUGCAAUUAAUUUACUCGGUGACGAUGUCGAUAAGCUGAAUGAGACGAAUGAAAGUCAACUAGAUACAAUACCAGCUCGUUCGGAUCAAAUCUCUAUCAUUGAUGAUCUAGCAUUCGCUAUGUACCAAGAUCCCGAAAUAGCUGCAAUUAUCAAGAAUCUCGAUCGGAAAAAGCGAGAAUGUGUGCAUGAUGAAAGAUUUGAUCAAGCACGACGAUUCAAACAAGCGAUACAAGAAUUAAUAAAAGUUGGCGAACGUCUCGCUCGAUACGAAGUUGAAAAACGUCAAGCUAUUGAAAGUGAAGAUUAUGACGUCGCACAAAUUAAAAAAGAUAAAAUGGAACUUUAUCGGACAGAAACUUAUAGACAAUUGCAAGUACUUAAUCUUCUCGAUAUUGUUAUUGAAAAUGGAAAAGGAACGGAUUUCUUGAAGCGAUUACAAGACAUCAUAGAUAAUGAACAAGACCAGAAUAAUUUCUUUCAUGAGCCAUCUCGUGCAACCAAACGACAAAACUACGGACGAUCUCACCAUACGGUGCAAAAUCGUCGUUCACCAGAAUCGUCUGUUUCUUAUGGUGCACCGCCAACUGUACCCGAUUCUACAGCAUCUCCACAACCAGUUCAGACGAAUAGGACGCGUCGAACUGGUUACGUAUCGCCAGAUUAUCCCAAACCACGUACUCCUUACGAAGAUAAAGUUAUUCCAACAUUAAGAAAUCGUAAUCGUACCGAUGGUGGACAUACGCAGGGUUCAGUAAUGGCAAAUACAGAUGCGACAGGACCGACGAAUGAAGAAACCGAAAGUGUCUACGGUGGAACGAACCCCGCACCAAAUGAUGAUGCUACAGCGGAAUUGAAUCAAGCAGAAAUGAUUGAAGCAAAUCAAAUGAUGAUUGUAUUCGACAAACAAUUGAUCGGUAAACUCUAUCAUCGAAAUCAUGCACAACGCGAGGAAGCUCUAGAUGAAAUCUAUCAAAUCUUGAAAUCAUUCUCCGGCGACCAAGAAGACGCUCGUGCUUAUUUACGUGCUGGUAGUUUCGUUGUGGCACGAAUGUUUCGUUUUGAUGUACUAGCAACAUUUUCUCAUUCCUUAAAACUUUUUCAUUUAUUAAUGAACGAUUACGUACGCAAACAUUCCAUACAAAAACAAGAUAUUAUCACUAGUUUAGAACGUGUUCUGCCUGUUUUAUUGCAACGUACAGGCGAUUCCAAUGCUCGAUUAAGGCAACGCGCUCAAGAAGCGAUCAUUGAAUCAGCAUCCUAUCCGGAAUUGAAGCCAUUACAUGUUAUACCGAACCAUUGCGUUACGCCAUUUAAUAAAACAUGCGCACCACGAUUGGCAAUAAGUCGAUGUGAACUUAUCGAAGAAUUGAUGAAAAUACUAGAUGUGAAAACAGGUGAAAAUGGUCUAAAUGUUGAUAAUGUUAGCAAAUUUUGUGCACAAGCACUUGAACACAAUGCCGGUGAAGUACGAGAAUUAGCAAUCAAAAUUUUACUAAAUUUAUACAAGAAUCAAGGAUCGAUUGUCAAACGUUAUCUUCCACCGGACAAUGAUCAAACACGACGAGUUAAGAAAUAUCGUGAUAUUUUCGAAGCAUUCGAUCGAAUGGAUGGCAUAACAAAUAAUGACCCAUUGGAAGCCGAAAGAAAAUCCGUUGGAGCGUCUGAAACAGGAAAACGUGAUAGUCAAAAACAACAGCACACUGCUCGUGAACAGAAUAAAUCCUUCGAUGCGAAAUCGACUCGAAGUAAAUCUCGAACACCCACACGUUUCGAUCGGAAAACACCGACAACAAGUGUGGCUGAUGAAUCCGAAUUUACUCCAGAAAAUACGUGUAUAUUUUGUGGCGAGAAAAAUGAAGAUUUUAUACGCGAUGGUCUCGAACAACACUAUUGGGCUGCUUGUCCAAUGCUACGGCGAUGUCAAGAAUGCAAUCAGGUAGUAGAAGUUGCUAUUUAUGUCGAACAUUUGUUGCGCGAAUGUGAAAACAAAGGCAAAUAUCAACAAUGUCCUCGUUGUUCUGAAGCGAUUGGCAACGAUUUUGAUAUUCAUAUCAAACUCAAAGAAUGUCAUGAAACAAAACCAAAUACAAGUCGGUGUCCAUUAUGUCAUAUGAACAUUCCUGAAGGUGAUGAAGCAUGGCGUAACCAUUUAAUGGGUGCUGAUGGUUGUGUCAAAAAUUCACGACGAGUUUCUGAACUAAAACAAGGUGGACAUGCGUCUCAACAGAAAUCAGCCGUUGUUCCCACAACUCAAGUCAAUGCAAUGAAGAAAAGCACGGCAACCACCGGACAGAAAAAGAUGUCAACGACUGUGAAAUAA